AUGCACAAGAUGGUCGCUGUACUUCACAUCUUGCUUCCCCGUGAGGAGGACAAUGGAGCUUCUCAUGGCCGACGGGCAUUGGUGGUGACUGCAGUGCUGACCGCUCUUUCCACUCUCGUCGUCGCAAUGCGGUUUUAUGCGCGGCUGGGAUUGAUGAAAAUGACCGGCCGUGAGGAUUGGGCAAUUUUGAUCUCUCUGGUCUUUUCUCUGAUCUAUCUUGCACUCGUUGCUGCCCAACUGCAUUAUAAAAUGGGAGUUCACUCAUACCUUCUCUCUAGCCAUGUUUUACAGCAACAACUUAAGUGCUUAUGGGCUGCGAUUCCCAUGUACAAUGCCAGCUUGGCCUUCACUAAAUUCUCCAUUCUUUUUCAAUAUCUGCGCAUCUUCCCAGCUCGAUCCUUCCGCUACGCCUGUUAUAUAAUGAUGGCAAUAGUAGCCACCUACUCAUCAUGGGCCAUCGUGAGCGGUUUCGUGAAUUGCGUUCCCGUGGCCAAAUUCUGGAACGACGAUUUACCCGGAAACUGCCUUAGCUUCGAAGCCGUUUGGUUCUUCAAUGCUUCCAUGAACAUCACAACCGAUGUGGCACUGCUUCUCUUGCCGAUGCCACUGCUUUCCAAACUCCAACUCCCCCGCAGCCAGAAGCUCGCUCUGAUGGGCAUUUUCGCCAUUGGUCUCCUAGUCGUGGUCACCAGUAUCCUGCGUCUAUCCAGUCUACGUCAAGUCGCAACUAGCACCGACACAUCCCGUACGUACUCGGUCCCGAUCCGCGAAGAUCAACAGCUAACCGCUGAACCAGACGACAACGUCGCAGCCUCCUACUGGACCGCAGCAGAAUGCAACGUAGCCAUCAUCUGCUCCUGUCUCCCUUUCCUACGACCAAUCAUCAGUCGCAUCUUCCCCAAGCUCUUCGUCGCAAGCAGCUACAAUCACUACAACGGCACUGGCACCAAGGCCCAGGCGACUAACUUCACUGGAACCCGCACUAUGACACGCCAUACCCAAUUAUUCACUCAGAACCAUGACAAAGACUACGAUCUGUACUGGAUAAAUGUCAAACCGGGUCCUGGGAAUAAAUCCGGGAAUCACUCCAACCACAGCUCACUUGGCGGUAUCGAGGUCACUACUGAGAUGACCAUUAUGCAAGAGACUAAGAAAGAGAGUACCAGUGAGCGGAGGCUGGUUAUGGAUGCUUGA